AGAGCCAGACAGAAAGAGAGAAAGAUGGCGGCCGCAGCAAUGAUGCCUAGCUUCGGGCAGCAGAUUUCUUCUAACAGCGACCUGGUUCCGGACUGGACCCGCCAGGAAGUCAGCACCGGGACCACCAUCAUGGCGGUGGAGUAUGACGGCGGUGUGGUGAUUGGGGCCGACUCUCGCACCACCACGGGAGCCUACAUUGCCAACAGAGUGACAGACAAACUGACUCCGAUCCAUGAGAGGAUCUUCUGCUGCAGGUCCGGCUCUGCGGCAGACACUCAGGCCAUCGCUGACGUGGUCACCUACCAGCUGGGCUUCCACAGCAUCGAGCUGGACGAGCCCCCAUUGGUGGAGACGGCCGCCAAUCUGUUCAAAGCCAGCUGCUACCGCUACAGAGAGGAGCUGACGGCCGGGAUCCUGGUGGCGGGCUGGGACCGCAGGAAGGGGGGCCAGGUGUACUGCGUGCCCAUCGGGGGGAUGCUGGUCCGUCAGCCGGUCUCUGUGGGGGGUAGUGGAUCCUCCUACAUCUACGGCUUCAUGGACUCCAACUACAAACCAGGACUGACCCGGGACCAGUGUCUGGAGCUCACCGCUGCAGCCCUGUCUCUGGCGAUGGAGAGAGACGGUUCCAGCGGUGGUGUGAUCAGAUUGGCGAGCAUCUCGGAGGAGGGCGUGGAGAGACGAGUCAUCCUGGGGAACCAGCUGCCCAAAUACUCCACACACUGAACACACACACACACAGCUGUGUGUUGUUAUUGUUGUUUUUGUUCUAAUAAACUUUUCAGUCUC